AUGUUUUUCGGUGGCACUAACUUUGGGUUUAUGAAUGGGGAUCGGUAUGUGACUAGUUAUGAUUUUGACGCACCCCUAACUGAGACAGCCAAUUAUACGGAUAAGUAUUGGAAGAUAAAGGAAUUGAUUGAAAAGUUUACGAAAGAGAGAGGUUUACCACAACUAUUGAUACCUAAACCCCCGGCCGUGUCGUUAACCAUUGGUUACGGGAAACUCAAAGUUAAGGAUUUCUUGAGUUUAGAGGACGUGUUGACCAAAAUCAAGCCAAUCGUCACCGAAAAGCCACAACACAUGGAGUCCUUAAACAUUGGCUCAAAUUAUGGACAAAAUUUUGGUUUCACUCUUUAUAGACUCGCAAAUGUUAAUAAGUUUAAGCAUUUGAAACUCACGGGUGGUGCCUCUGAUCGGGGAGUCAUACUCGUAGACCACAAAGAGGUCGGUGUUGUCGACAACAAUAAAGACUAUAAUCAGGACUUAAAUGAC